AGGCAGCAGCAAGACUCACUCUCCCGACACGACAAGGAAGCAUCAGCAAUGAAGAUGUCGGCUCUUGGUUUCUUCUCUUUCUUCUUCUUCUUCCUCCUCUUCGCUCCUUCUCUCUGCAGGGUACCAUCUGAAACACAUUUACAAACCAAAAAGGAGCAUGCUAGCACCCCACCUAGAGGUUGGAACUCUUACGAUUCCUUUUGCUGGACAAUAUCCGAGGAAGAAUUCUUGCAAAAUGCUGAAAUUGUUUCUAACCGUCUUAAGCCACAUGGAUAUGAGUAUGUAGUGGUGGAUUACCUUUGGUAUAGAAGGAAGGUGCCAGGUGCUUAUGUUGAUUCGCUUGGAUUCGAUGUGAUUGAUGAAUGGGGGAGGCCAAUUCCCGACCCAGGAAGAUGGCCCUCAUCCAUAGGCGGGAAAGGUUUUUCUGAAGUAGCUAACAAAGUACACAGCAUGGGUUUAAAGUUCGGAAUACAUGUUAUGAGAGGGAUAAGCCUGCAAGCUUUUAGUGCAGACACCCCCAUAUUAGACGCUGCCAAGGGAUCUGCAUAUGUAGAGUCUGGCAGACAGUGGAGGGCAAAAGAUAUAGGGCUCAAGGAGAGGGCUUGUGCUUGGAUGUCACAUGGUUUCAUGAGUGUAAACACCAAGCUAGAGGCUGGAAGAGCUUUCUUGAGGUCCCUUUAUCUUCAAUAUGCUGAGUGGGGUGUUGAUUUUGUAAAAAAUGACUGUGUAUUUGGUGAUGAUUUGGAUAUAAAUGAGAUAACCUUUGUAUCAGAGGUUCUGCAAAAGCUUGAUCGUCCCAUUUUAUAUUCAUUGUCCCCCGGUACCAGUGUGACACCAGCUAUGGCUAAAGAAAUUAGUGGACUAGUCAACAUGUACAGGAUUACCGGGGAUGAUUGGGAUACAUGGAGAGAUGUCCUGUCCCACUUUGAUGUUACCAGAGACUUUUCUAAUGCUAAAAUGAUAGGUGCCAACGGCUUGCUGGGGAAGUCGUGGCCUGACUUGGAUAUGUUACCAUUGGGAUGGCUCACUGAUCCAGGUUCAAACGAAGGUCCACAUAGAACUUCUAAUCUUAAUAUCGACGAGCAAAGAAGUCAGAUGACUUUAUGGUCUAUGGCCAAGUCACCUCUUAUGUUCGGAGGAGAUGUUAGAAAGUUGGACGAAACAACAUAUAACCUGAUCACGCACCCUACACUGCUCGAGAUAAACUCUUUUAGCCUAAACAAUAUGGAGUUUCCUUACAUUUCGGGCAGAAGAUCUAGAAGAAAAGAAAAGGUUCUCUCCCAGGAUUUUUCUGAAGGGCGCAUGUUAGGUAAACGAGCUUUGGGUCUGACUACCUGCAAGGAUCCCAAAGCAAAUGGCUGGUCAACUAAUGCUCUCGAUCAAAAUCUCGAACAAAUCUGCUGGAGGGAGAAACUGGAGGAACCUCCAUGCCUUUACAAGAGAAAACCUCUUCUUUCUUCGGGUGUAGAGAUGAUCUACAAGCAACGAUACGAGGGAACACUCCAUUUAUUAGCAAGUGAUGGUUUGGAAUUAUGCUUGGAUGCUUCUCCAAGGAGGAGGCUUACGUCGAAAGAGUUUGGGGGAGGUUCUUUCACACCUUGCAAGCGCGAUGCUAAUCAGAUGUGGGAAUUGAAUGCUAAUGGUUCCCUCGUAAACAGUUAUUCCGGUCUAUGUGCAACAGCCGACUUAGUGAAAGAUGAUGCUGGUUCGAGUGAAGUUCGUUCAUGGAUUGCAACCGGUAGAAGAGGAGAAAUAUAUCUAGCGUUUUUCAAUUUGAACCCAGUGAUGACUGUGAUGUCUGCAAAGCUAGCAGACGUUGCGAAGGUAUUACCAUGGAAAAACAUGAAAGGAGUAUCAUGCAAGUACCAUGAAAUUUGGAGUGGAAAGUCUGGAGGGACGAAACAGUUGAUAUCGAUUGCAGUGGCGAAGCAUGGCUGUUCUUUGUUUGUUUUAACCUGUGCUUAGUGUAAGUUCUCUCCUCCCCCCCCCCAAAAAAAAACGCAUAUCAGUUCACGUCUCUUAUGUAAGUGUGUUCUAUAUCUAGGACAAUCCUCGUGUUGUAUAAAAAUAAUAUAAAUUAAAAUGAUGAAAUAAAAUGGGUGGAUUAAAUUUA